AUGAAUAAUUCAACGGUCUGUUUGGCCAAUGCAACAGUUUGCGAUGGCGCGUCCUGUGUGGUGCCAGAGAGCGAUUUCAACACCACUCUAAGUGUGGUCCUGAGCACGGUCUUAACCAUCCUAUUGUCGCUGGUGAUGUUCUCCAUGGGAUGCAAUGUGGAAAUCAAGAAAUUCCUAGGGCACAUAAAGCAGCCAUGGGGCAUAUGUGUUGGCUUCCUCUGUCAGUUUGGAAUCAUGCCCCUCACAGGAUUCGUCCUCUCCGUGACUUUUGACAUCCUCCCCAUCCAAGCUGUAGUGGUGCUCAUCAUGGGCUGCUGUCCGGGAGGAACCGCCUCCAACAUCUUGGCCUAUUGGGCUGAUGGCGACAUGGACCUGAGCAUCAGCAUGACCACGUGCUCCACGCUGCUCGCCCUGGGGAUGAUGCCGCUGUGCCUCUUAAUCUACACCAAAAUGUGGGUCGACUCUGGGAUAAUCUUAAUUCCCUACGAUAAAAUAGGUAUAUCUUUGGUGACUCUUGUUGUUCCUGUUUCCAUUGGAAUGUUUGUUAAUCACAGAUGGCCCCAAAAAGCCAAGAUCAUACUUAAGGUCGGGUCCUUCGCAGGCGCCCUGCUGAUUGUGCUCAUAGCUGUGGUUGGAGGAGUUCUGUACCAGAGUGCCUGGAUCAUCGAGCCCAAACUCUGGGUGAUAGGAACCAUAUUUCCCUUGGCCGGUUACUCCCUAGGGUUUUUUCUGGCCAGAAUAGCUGGUCAGUCCUGGCACAGGUGCCGAACAGUUGCUUUGGAAACAGGGAUGCAGAACACGCAGCUGUGCUCCACCAUCGUCCAGCUCUCCUUCACUCCCGAGGAGCUCAACCUCGUAUUCACCUUCCCGCUCAUCUACAGCAUCUUCCAGAUCAUCAUGGCAGCAAUACUCUUAGCACUCUAUGUAGCAUACAAGAAAUGCUACAGAAAAAACAAUAAGGAACUUCCAGAGGGCAAAGGCAGUGAACCAGACCCUGAGGCAUCAUUCCAAAAGGCGAAUGAAGGAUUUCAGCCAGAUGAAAAGCACACACCAGUGGACCAAAAAGAAAAAUUCUAAAGAACAUGCAUCAGCUAUAACAAUAUUUAAUUAUUUGUUUUGAUGGGACAUUUGGCAGAAAAAACGUUAAGGAGAAAAUUUAAGUUUGAAUUGAAUUCAUGUAUUGGUUUUGGUACCAUGUGACUGGUGGUCCAAAUCCUUAAUGUGACAAAUAUUUAUACAUAUGUACAUAUAUAUAUAUUCUGUCUUUGAAUAUGCCCCCAAAAUAUCCUCAAACCUCAGACUAAACCCAACAAAAGAAACACUGAGAAUUUAAUAACCAAAUUAGAAUCAAGCCCAUAACUCGUCAAGGGUUUUGUAUAACCAUUGCUCUGCUGUGGGAGUCCAGUGAUGCCCACUUGAUUUUUUUAGGAAAAACAGAAUUCUUUCAAAUGGCUUGAAUUUGGCAGCUCUUCAAGCCCUGGAGAGAGACUUCCUCUAGGCUUGCCUGUGUGACCCUGGCUACUAUGACAGCUAUUUGGUUCAUAUGAAGCUCCCACAGUAGGCAACAUAGAGCAGGGACGUGGUGGAAGACACAAAGACAGAAGUAUUGGAAGAAACUCGACUGCUCUAGUGGGUGAACUCCAUUCAAUGGAAGAUUAUGGGAAGUACAUGGAAAAGCACAGAUAACAGAAACUUGCUUGCAAUGCAAGACAAGAGUCAAUUAGAUGUGCAGAAAUAAGUAGCGGUAAGAAUGAAGUCAGGGACCCACGCGGGAAGUGAGUAAGUACUAAACAGUGUUUCAGGAAGAAGAGGACAAGCCCAGGGCCCAGGAAUGGGAAGAGCGUCACCAAGUGAGUCCCUGGGAUUCUGUAAGCCGGUCUAACAGGAGGAAGCAAAGAGGAUGUGGCCAAUGGCAGCGGAGUUUCAUGGCAAAGGGGAAACAGCUGGCCGACCAUUGGGUGUCUGCAUUACGGGGCUAAUUUAAUCUCCUUUCCCUCAUUCCGCAGCAAGAUGUGGGACCUCCUUGAUUCAGUUCAGAGUGGUCUAGUUCCAUUUUCUAUUCAGACAUUUUCACUAACUCAUCCAUUCCCUUUCAAAUGUGUUGGUUUCCAAGGGCCUUUUGCACUUGGUUGAUGCGAGUUCAGGUCCAGCUGGUGCCCCUCAACAUUACAGGAACAUGAAUAUCAGCUCUACACUUGGUUCUUCCAAUACCGAGGGGGAGGGAUGCUGCUUUUAAAUGUUGUAACAUUUAUGCCUUUUUAUACCACGUUCACAUUUACAAUUGAAUAAGGCUUCUAUAUUUUUUCAUCAUUAGACAAAUAUAUUAAAAGGAACUAAGGAUUUUUUUAAAGGCUAGUAGAGAGGUGGUACCGAUCUUCCUAUUAGGGAGGGUCAAAGACUGCUUCCAACAGUGCAAAAGGAAGAUUUUUCAAUCUAUCUGUCAAGUCCCUCCUACACCUUCCUCACCAAAUGGAAAACAGGCAGGUUCAUUAAAGACACACUGUGAAUUCAUAUCAUAAUUUCAAGACACCCAAAGUCAAGGGCCUGGAUGCCAGCAGCUGCAGCAAGCAGCUUGUUCCUCCCUAUUGAUCCAGAUAUGUAAGUCAAACAGAAUCUGGCUCUCUUAUACGAUGUGGUAUCUUGCGAGUGGUUAUUUUUUUUUCCUAAUGUGCUAGAGGGAAGAAAAAUAGCUGAGCUUUUGCAAAUGAAAACUCUCUGUUUUUAAAUGAGUUUGAAAAGCUGAUUAAAUUAUGUAUUUUAUUG